UUUAAUUAAAAGAUUCUCCCUGCAGCUCUCAAAACCACCAAACCUAACAGAAGCCGAUAAAAUAACCGCAAGUGGCUCUCCUCAAUUCUACCAUAUAAAAUCAUUCACAACCAUUCAUAUUUUCCUUAUACCACUUCUUCUCUUCUUCACACUUCUUACUGUCUCAUUCCAACACUCUCACUUCCGUCACCCAUGGCUUCUCUCUCAUGCUCCUCCGACCUCGCUACACUCAUCAACCACACCGCCGCCGCCAACUACCUCUGUAACCAAUUCGAUUCCAUUUCCAGAAAGCUCAACGAUGCCACCUACGCCGUCGAUAACACCUACCUUCUUUUCUCCGCCUAUUUGGUAUUCGCCAUGCAGCUGGGUUUCGCCAUGCUCUGCGCUGGAUCCGUCCGAGCAAAGAACACCAUGAACAUCAUGCUCACCAACGUCCUCGACGCCGCCGCAGGAGGCCUCUCCUACUACCUCUUCGGCUUCGCUUUUGCCUUCGGCGCCCCUUCUAACGGUUUCAUCGGCCGCCACUUCUUCGGCCUUAGAGACUACCCCACCCCCUCCACCGACUACAGCUUCUUCCUCUACCAGUGGGCCUUCGCCAUCGCCGCCGCUGGAAUCACCAGCGGCUCCAUCGCGGAGAGAACGCAAUUCGUUGCUUACCUCAUUUACUCUUCUUUUCUAACCGGGUUCGUUUACCCCAUCGUUUCGCAUUGGUUCUGGUCGGGGGACGGUUGGGCCAGCGCCACAAGAGUCGACGGGAACGUCUUGUUCGGGUCCGGGGUCAUCGACUUUGCUGGCUCCGGAGUGGUUCAUAUGGUUGGUGGCAUAGCGGGGCUGUGGGGGGCUUUAAUUGAAGGCCCGAGAAUCGGGCGGUUCGACAGGACGGGCCGGUCCGUUGCACUGCGCGGCCACAGCGCGUCUUUGGUUGUGUUAGGCUCGUUUCUAUUAUGGUUCGGGUGGUACGGGUUCAAUCCCGGUUCCUUUUUUACUAUAGCGAAGGGAUAUGCGGGCUUGGGUUAUUAUGGUCAAUGGAGUGCCAUAGGGAGGACAGCUGUCACGACGACAUUGGCCGGGAGCACAGCGGCUCUGACAACGCUUUUCAGCAAGCGGUUAUUGGUGGGCCACUGGAACGUGAUCGACGUGUGUAAUGGACUACUUGGCGGGUUCGCUGCCAUCACCUCAGGCUGUGCGGUUGUGGAGCCGUGGGCCGCGAUAGUGUGUGGGUUUGUGGCCGCCUGGGUUUUGAUUGGGCUAAACAAGCUGGCAGCGAAAGUGGAGUACGAUGACCCUUUGGAGGCGGCGCAGCUUCACGGCGGGUGUGGCGCCUGGGGGGUGUUGUUCACGGGGCUGUUCGCGAAGAGGGAGUACGUGGAAGAGAUUUAUGGAAUUGGGAGGCCGUGCGGGGCGUUGAUGGGGGGCGGCGGGAAGUUGCUGGCGGCGCAGUUGAUUCAAAUAGUGGUGGUGUGUGGGUGGGUUACGGCGACGAUGGGGCCAUUGUUCUACGGGCUUCAUAAGUUGAAUCUGUUGAGGAUAUCGAGGGACGAUGAAACUGCAGGGAUGGAUUUGACGAGGCAUGGAGGGUUUGCUUAUGCGUACCAUGACGAUGAAGAUGGUUCUAGCAGAGGCGUAGGAUUGAUGAUGCGUAAAAUAGAACCUGAUAGUACUUCUCCCUCUCCCCCCGCUCCACCUCUAUCAAUAUCUUCUCUUUAGUCGACUAAAUGUCUUUUUCAACUAAAUCGUUUCUCGGCCAAACUUGGCAAUAGAAUAUUGCCUCUCUCUCUCUCUCUCAUCUUGGAUUAAAAUGUUACUGUAAAAAAUCUAUAUUAAAAUAUU